CCUUGCAAUGCCGAUCUUUCCACUGCCGGUAUCCGCGGAGGCGGUGGAGUUGUUGUAGCUGCUCUCCUGGCUCCCUGUGCUCCUCCCCUGCCCGCCCGUGUCCGGCCGCCCCCUUAUCGCUGCAGGCGCGCGCCUGCGCCCAAAGACGCCCCGGCAUGUCCCGGGCCGUUCUCUGCGCCGCGGCGGGGGCCGCGCUCUUCGCCUGCAGCCGCAGGAGCAGCGGGGAACCGCGGGCCGCGGCGGCGCCAUCGGUCACCGUCACCGUCCGCGCGGACGCGCCCCCGCUCGCCAAGACUCGGCUCCGCGCAAGAGUGGCCCUUCGCCGGGGUGGCCUCUGGUGCGGACCCCCGGGGGUGCUGCCAGCACUGGCCUGAAGCGGCUCUCUCGCUCGAAGUUGGCCCCGUCGCGCUCCCGCCCGGAGCCGCGCACCGCAGGUCGCUCCUGCCCAGAGUCGCUCCUUGCGUGUGGCCAGAAGACGCGCGCGGCUUUCCUCGGCGUCAACAUCGACGCGGCCUCGCUUUUCCAGGACGCGCGGCUCGACGUCGCGGACCCCGACCUCGUGCUCCUGGCUUGCCGCCUGGCCGCCGCGGGUAGGAGCGACGGGGUGGAGCCCAUGACCCUGCGCAUCGGUGGGUCGGCCGCUGACGACCUCGGCUUCAACUCGACCCACGGCACCAUCCGCCUCGACGCGGGCUAUUGGGAUCGCAUCGUGGCCUUCGCCAGCCGCUGCGGCUUUCGGCUCGCCUGGGACCUCAACAUGCGCGUCGGCCGCGGGCCAGGCGUGCUGUCCAAUGUCACCUGGGACCCGCAGGACGUCGUCCGGCAGCUCGAUCACAUGCAGAGUGCUCGCCAGUCUGUCUGGGCUUUCCAGCUCGGCAACGAGCCCGGACACUGGCAGACGAGGAACGCCGGCUUUCCCACCCCAGACCAGCACGGCCGCGAUUUCGUCGUCCUGGACGAGCUCCUGCGCCGCUACUACCCAGAGGCGUCGCGCCGGCCCCGGAUCCAGGGACCCGACGUCUGCUUCGGACAGGGAACUCAGAGCUCGCCCUGCGCGAGUAUGGCCUACCUGCGCCGCCUGCUUUCCAGUGCAAACCACACCAUCGACGACCUCACCGUGCACGACUACGGCUUCCAGGGGCCCGACCCCAGGGAUCCAAGUGCGUCCAAGUGCGGGAACCUGUCUAGGUUUCUAGACCCCGACCUGUGGGCCGGCCGUGUGUUGCCCACCAUCGACGCGUGGGACGCCGUGCGUCGGGAGCUGGUGCCUCGUGCGGACCUGGUGCUGUCCGAGACGGCGACGACGGCUGACGCGGGCUGUCCCGGCAAGAGCAAUCGCUUCGUGGCCGGCUUCUAUUUCGUCGACAUUCUUGGUGUCCUCGGGGAGCGGGGGCUUGCCCAGGUCUACAGGCAGGACUUGGUCGGCUUCAGUGGCAUCGGCGGGGGCUCCAGCUACGCCAUGAUGGGCCCACCGGGCUGGUAUUCGGCAUCAGGAUCUGGGAGAUUGACACCGCACCCAGACUACUUCACUGCCCUCCUCUGGCGAUCGCUUGUAGGCCCCACACGCCUUCGCGCCUCCGUCGCAGCGCCCCGCUGCGCUCCGGGUGCGGCCAGAUUCCACGCGGCCUGCGCGGUUGGCGGCGGUGUCGUGGUCUCCUACAUCAACCCGUCCAGCACCGGCUUCGCCCUGAAGCUUGCAGUCGCAGAUUCCGCGCACGUGGCAGCUGGCGCGGAGCUCGAGCUCUACGUUCUCACGGCCCCGUACGGUAAUCUGACGUCCGACGGCGUGCUCCUGAACGGAAACUUGCUCGCGCCGGGCUCCAGCCUGCGACCCGUGCUUCAGCCCAGCUCCACGGCCGCGCAGAUUCCGCCGUUCAGCUACGGGUUCGUCGUCGACCGCUCGGCCACGCGCACAUGUCAUGCACGAGCGCUGACUCAAUCUGCAGCGCAAGCAUCGGCAGCGUGAGAGUGCGGGCUCGACGCGCAGCGCUCGCCCGGCAUUGGGGACCCGGGCGCAA